GAGGAGGAGGCUGGGUGGCUGAGGCUGGACUGAGGACGGGUUGUGAGAGCUCUCGGCAGCCGGGGGACAACACGUGUGUGGUAGAGUUCCAGGGAGCCGCUCACACCGCCAGCAGCAGCGGGUCUGACUGGCCCGACUCUAAGAGGAUGUUUCGCCGCUCAAGACUCAGUAUAAAACCCAAUGUGAAGCCUGGUGGAAGAGGUUCAUCACAAACCGCCAAGGAAGAUGACAAGGCUCAUUCCUCAGUCCAGCAACCAAGUCCAGAAAGAAAGACUUCCAAUGAAAAAGAUGCGUCUGAGUCUCCAGCUGUGUUGUCAGUUCCACCAGCACCACUACCUAAUCUAAGCAUAGGACAGGAAGAAAGAGAUGACCCAGAUGAACAACAGGAGAAUGUUCCAAUUAACAAGAAUGACAAAAAUGAUAAGACUGGAGAGCCUGGUGUCAACAGUAAACUCUCUGUGGCACCUUUGCAAAGAAGGAAACGUUUCUCCACCAUGCCAAAUUUGGCCAAACCGAGGUCUACAUCUGUGCCUGCGCAACCAUCAAGCAGUGUAACACCAAAAUCUCCUCCUCAGCAGCAAAACCCAUUAAAUUCUGUGCCCAUUGCUGCAUCCAUUCAAGGUAAUGCUUCUCCAUCACAGACGUCUACUACUGACAAACCACUUACCAGAUCACAAGAGAAACGCAAACCCUCUUCAGGACAAGAUAACAAAUUGCCAGAAAAGAAAACUCCAAUUCCUCAAGUACCUCAGUUCUCUCCAGUUAAAAGCCCUGUGCACAAAGAUCCAACUGUUGGAACCAAUUCUGCCCGACCACCUGUGGCACGGAAGAUACUGUCCUCACCACUUAAAGAAAGGGUUACGCCCAGCAGCCCGCCUACAAAAGGAAUUGUGCCAUCCCCAAGUCACUCGCCUGCACGUCCUAAAUCAGCAAAAAUUCCAUCUGACCUUGAGCGACUGAGGAAAGCUCGAAAACUGCGUGAAAUGCUGAAGGAGGAGCUGAGGAAGGAGAAGAAAGCUCGCAGAGAAACAAUUCCAAUUUGGGAAACCGGUAGCCCCCCAGAACGUACUAAAAUGACAAUGAGAGACUUCAUCUAUUACUUGCCUGAUACAAAUCCAAUGCUAUCUUCAUUUGAAGAUGAAAAAAGACCACCUCUCCCAGUUCUAACCAAAGAGCCAGAAGAGGGAACCGUUAAUUCCCCACCUAAUGAGGAUGAAGAUGAAGAAUCUGAUGAUGCAGUUUUGGGUCCACGAGUCAAAGUAGCUGAAGAUGGCUCUAUUAUUAUUGAUGAAGAAAGUUUAACGGUUGAGGUUUUGAGGAAGAAGGGACCUAAUAUAGUUGAAGAAAAUGAUCCUAUUUUUGAGCGUGGCUCUCAAACAACCUAUUCCAGUUUUAGGAAGAGCACCCACUCAAAGCCAUGGUCCAAUAAAGAAACAGACAUGUUCUUUCUAGCAAUCAGUAUGGUUGGGACAGAUUUUUCUAUGAUUGGCCAACUGUUCCCCAACAGGACAAGAAUAGAAAUAAAGAACAAGUUUAAACGUGAAGAAAAAUUGAAUUCGUGGAGGAUUGACAAAGCAUUCAAGGAGAAGAAGCCACUUGAUCUGGAAUUUUUUGGAGACCUGUUAACCCGCGUUUUGGAAGCGGAAUCAAAGAAGAAGAAAGAAAGGAAUGAGAAAAUCAAAAGCCAAGUUCCAAGGAAGCCAUCAACAACCAAACGGAACAGGAAAGGAAAGAAAUUGACAGAGAUAGAAAGUGAUCCUGAUGACCCUGAUCCAGUUGAAGUUGGUGACACUGAAUUAGUUGAAGCUGACGCUGAUGGUGUAGUGGAGGGAACUGAGGCAUCUUGCAGUGGAGAAGGUCAGGAAGAUACAGAGAAAAGAGAAACUAUAUCAAAGCCCCUCCCAACCAAACGCAAGCGAAAACGGAAAAAAGAAGUUGCUGCAGACCUAGCAGUACAAAAAACUGCUGAAGAACCACCUCAGAAGGAAAAUGGUUCUCAGGAACCAAAGCAGAAAGUACGGCAGUGCAAGAAAGGAAUCCAGAAAUCUUCAACUUCGAAUUCUGAUCAAGACGUCAGUGUUGGGGAGCAAAUUGCAGAAGGCGGAGAUGAAUACCAUAUGGUCAAUGGUGAAAUAUCAACUAAUCAAGGGACCUCUGAAAACAAACGGCCUUCAUCAGAAACUAAGAGAAAAGAGAAGAGCAAUGAUCAAAAUAAACCCUUUAGUGACCAUGAAAGUGUAGCAGUAUCAGAAGCAACCUCACCAGUUACAACAGAAAAUGAUAAGAAAUCACAACAUGUUCGCCUCCAGAAGCCUAAACCUAAUUUAAAAGUGGUUGGAAGAAAAAGAGCAGGUGGAAAAGGGAGUGAUAAAACUGCUUCAGAAGCUUUUGCAUCUUACGAUGACGUAAAGGAAGACAAGAGUGACAAACUGAAAGAAUCAUCUGGGCAGGAUCAGGAUGCUACCAAUGAUGAAUCUUCUGUUAUCAUGAAUAAUGAAAUGUCUGAAAAGGAGGUCAGCAGUGUACUGAUGCCAGAAACAAUAGAAGGUGGCAAAACUGUAACUGAGGAGAUAUUAGCAAAUAAAGCACAAGAUGCUGCCACUGAAUCACGGUCUAUGGAGAAACCAGAGGAACCCAGAGCAAAACCUGCCCUAGCAGUAAGGAGCCGAUUCCAGAAGCCUAAACCAAACUUAGGAAGAGCAAUUGUAAAGAAAGAUGUGUCAACUGAUGAAGGAAAGGUUGUUGCAAUACAAGAUAAAAGUAUUACAACCAAAGAGGUCACAGAGCUCAGUCCAAAUAUCUCCAUUAUUGAAGGAAGUGAUGCCAGUGAAACCAUUAAGACUGGAUCUGAGACUUACUUUGCUCCAGAGGCAAGAACUAUAGAUACUUUGAUAUCUAACAACAUGCCAAUCCAGCAGGAUGCAGUGCAGGGUCCAUCAAGAGAAGCCAGUGAAUCAAUCAUCUCAGUAUUUCAGUCAAAAGCACAAUCUCCAGAGGCAGUUCCUGUGCCCUCAAAUUCUGUGGAAUUACAGAGACAAAAUAUUAUAGCUUCAGAUACUGAAAUAUCAAGAAGAGACUGCCAGGGUUCUAACAAAAUGCAGCAAUCGGAAAGGACAUUUGAAUGUGACAAUCAGGAUGAACUUGAAGAUUUAAAGCUGGAUUCUAUUCAGGACAAUAUUAUCAGCAAACCAACUAGGUCUGGAAGGCAGCCCAGACCUACAGCAUUUUAUAAAUCUCCAGAACAGAAACCAUCAACUGCUCCUACAUUAUUAUCUGAGGGAGAAAAUGAGGAUAAGGGCAGGAGUAGACGUGUACGAUAUCAAAAAGCUAAACUCAAAGUCAGCAAAGGCUUGAGUAAGAAGGAGACACAAACUAAGAAUGCUGGGAAAGGUCAGGGAGCAUCAAAGAUGAGACUUGUGACAUUGAGAGCAUCCCAGGAAGAUGACGAUGAUGAUGAGCCUGAGCUAAUAGAAGAGGAUGACAUCUAUCUCAUCAAUCCUGAGGAGGUCAACAAAGCACCAGCUUUUGUACCAAUCAGCCUACGAUCUCCUGAACCUGUUCAAACUCAAGUGGAGGAAACCAUGGAAGAGCUUGAAAUAGCAGUCAAUGUCUCAGACAAGAACUAUGAUAGUGAAACUGAACAGUCAUUCCCUGAGUUACCAGAUAAAAGUGACCCCAGUCAGUCAUGCACCUUAGCUCCAGGAGAAGAUUACCACCCAGCAACUGCCGAUCAGAUCGAACUUUUUGUUGAAGUUAUUGAAAUUGCAAGUGAAGAUACAGCUCAAGAAGAGGACGACCUGAGUACAGAGGUUGGUGAUGGUUUACAGGAUACUGCAUACACAGGUGUAAGCUGUGUAGAUGAGAAGAGCAUGGAGCACGAAACAGUCCUUGGUAGUGAUCCUCCUUCCAUGCAGGUUGUAGUGUAUGAAACUACUCCUGAUGUGCAUACUGAAUCUAGCAAACUUGGUGAGCGUUGUGUUCCCAUAGAGAAGGACCUGAAGGAUGGGCUGGACUUAGAAGAACCUUCUCUUUCAAAAGAAGAUUCUCACAAUGCUGGCUUUAGUAGCUCUUCAGUCAUUGAGCAGUCUGAUAAUUCACAGACAAGCAAAGCCACAAGAAGAUGCAGGUUUCUAAAACCAAAACCCAACCUCCCUAAAACCACUUCUAGAAGCCAAGCUGAAAAUCAUCGUCCUGUUACAAAGAGUAGAGCAAUACAGAACUCUGUAGAACCAUCUGAAACAACAUUGCAGAACACGAGACAUGGUAAUGAAACAGAGGGGAAUCUUGAUGACACCUUGCAGCUUCAUCCGGUCACAGUAAAAGGUGAUGAACAAAACCUGAGCAUGGAACAAGCUUCAGCCGAGCAACUAAAUGAUAAGGUAUCAAUACCUGUUGAACAAGACAAUUGUGUGGGAAAUAAAGAACAAAUGAACAAGACUGAGUACCUUUGUGAAAAGUUAUCAAUACCUGAGCAACAAGACAAAUGUGUGGAAGAUGAAGAGCAAAUGAGCAGGGCUGAACAUCUGGAUGAUGAGGUUCAGCAUAUGGGUCUACGGUUAUCAAUAUCUGCGCAACAAGGUGAAUGUGUGGCAGAUGAAAAGCAACUGAGUUGGACUGAGCAUCUGGAUGAUGAGCAUCAACAUGUGGAUGUACAGUUAUCAAUACCUGAACAGCAAGACAAAUGUGUGGCAGAUGAAGAGCAACUGAGUAGGAUUGAGCAUCUGGAUGAUGAGGUUCAGCAUGUGGGUGUACAGUUAUCAAUAUCUGAGCAACAAGGUGAAUGUGUGGCAGAUGAAGAGCAACUGAGUAGGACUGAGCAUCUGGAUGAUGAGGUUCAGCAUGUGGGUGUACAGUUAUCAAUACCUGAACAGCAAGACAAAUGUGUGGCAGAUGAAGAGCAACUGAGUAGGACUGAGCAUCUGGAUGAUGAGGUUCAGCAUGUGGGUGUACAGUUAUCAAUAUCUGAGCAACAAGGUGAAUGUGUGGCAGAUGAAGAGCAACUGAGUAGGACUGAGCAUCUGGAUGAUGAGGAUCAGCAUGUGGAUGUACAGUUAUCAAUACUUGAGCAACAAGAUGAAUGUGUGGCAGAUGAAAAGCAACUGAGUAGGACUGAGCAUCUGGAUGAUGAGCAUCAACAUGUGGACGUACAGUUAUCAAUACCUGAACAGCAAGACAAAUGUGUGGCAGAUGAAGAGCAACUGAGUAGGACUGAGCAACUGGAUGAUGAGGAUCAGCAUGUGGAUGUACAGUUAUCAAUACUUGAGCAACAAGAUGAAUGUGUGGCAGAUGAAGAGCAACUGAGUAGGACUGAGCAUCUGGAUGAUGAGCAUCAACAUGUGGAUGUACAGUUAUCAAUACCUGAACAGCAAGACAAAUGUGUGGCAGAUGAAGAGCAACUGAGUAAGACUGAGCAUCUGUAUGAUGAGGCUCAGCAUGUGGGUGAACAGUUAUCAAUACCUGUGCAACAAGACAAACGUGUAGAAGAUGAAGAGCAACUGAGUAGGACUGAGCAUCUGGAUGAUGAGGAUCAGCAUGUGGAUGUACAGUUAUCAAUACCUGAACAGCAAGACAAAUGUGUGGCAGAUGAAGAGCAACUGAGUAGGACUGAGCAUCUGUAUGAUGAGGCUCAGCAUGUGGGUGUACAGUUAUCAAUACCUGUGCAACAAGACAAACGUGUAGAAGAUGAGCAACUGAGUAGGACUGAACAUCUGGAUGAUGAGGCUCAGCAUGUGGGUGUACAGUUAUCAAUACCUGUGCAACAAGACAAACGUGUGGAAGAUGAAGAGCAACUAAGUAGGACUGAGCAUCUGGAUGCUGGGACUGAGCAUCCAAGUGACAGUGUGUUUCCAGCACAUGAUCAACUACAGACAACAAAUCAAAGUCAGGAGGCACAAGUUGGAUUUUCCUCUGCUGCAUGCUUCACACAAUCCACGUUGAGCCUAUGUCAGACUGCUGAUGCAGGGCUGCCCAUAGAGGCUCCAGAAACAACUGCAGAAGUUUCGUAUUUUGAUUACUCCCAAAAGGUUGGUAUCAUAGAAGCUCAAAAUGUAGGACUCCAGGAGACAUUGAAUGUAUCUGAAGAAAACUUGGAGCAUAUGAUGACAAUGGAAAGCCCAAAUGAAGAGACUUUCAUAUUAACCCUAGUUGAGAUCCCAGUCUCCUCCUUAAUGGAUUACAAUGCAUCUUCCACUUCUGUCAUCCCUGUUUUAGAAGACACCUUGACGGUUGCUGAACCAAUUCUACCUUUGCCAACGGAAAAUGUUGAAGUUAGUGAGUCUGUGAGCUCUGAACCAUCAAUGGAGACAACCGCAGCACCCACUGUGUCUGAAUCAGUACCACUCACAGAAAGUAUACAACAGCAAUGGAGCUUAAAUAAGCCAGGAUCAAAUAUUGGACAAAUGGAUAGAAAAAGGAAAGUUCACGGUUUUAACGAUAAUCAAGAUUUUCCUGCUAAGAAAAGCCCAACGAUCACAUCAUUAGAUGAGGAAUCAAUAGAAAAUGUUCGACUAACUGAAAGAACUACUCAGUCAAAUUUAGUUACCUGUACUUCGCUUGAGGAUUUUCCAGCAACUGCAACAAGUAGUAUAUUGCGAAAUGAUGAAUCCACUGAAGGCUUCACUUCCACUCCCCUGGAUAAUGUCGUCUACCCUGUUCCUGUUGAAACAGCAGCUGAGACGUGUUCUGUAUCUGCUGAAGAAAUGAAAAAGUCUGGUUCACAGAAAAGAAGAGGUAAACUCACUGUGAAACCCAAUAUUUCUACAAAGAGAGCUACAUGCAUUCCUGUGACCAGUCUCCCUGCUAAAAAUAAAAACAGUCUGAAACUUUCAAGAACUAUAAGAAAAACACUGUCCCCCUGUGUUUCUAAAAAAGGUUUACAUCCUGAACUAGCAUGUAAUUUAUCAGUUGAUAUGAACUCUGCACAAUGGGAGCCAGGAUCUGUGCACCAUAACCAGGGUCAAACUGAUGCACAAGGAACAGCAACUGUCACAGAAUCGGCUCAUUCUACAAAGACUUUGGCAGCAGACACCGAUGCGGGCACGACGGCGGCCAGCGAUGCGGGCACGACGGCGGCCAGCGAUGCGGGCACGACGGCGGCCAGCGAUGCGGGCACGACGGCGGCCAGCGAUGCGGGCACGACGGCGGCCAGCGAUGCGGGCACGACGGCGGCCAGCGAUGCGGGCACGACGGCGGCCAGCGAUGCGGGCACGACGGCGGCCAGCGAUGCGGGCACGACGGCGGCCAGCGAUGCGGGCACGACGGCGGCCAGCGAUGCGGGCACGACGGCAGAACAAUCUGAGAUGGCCCCGCAAAAUACAGCUUCCACUUCUGUUAGAAGUCUAAUGAGGCCAGGACGUAAACCACGAGGAUUUUUAUCCUUUAUAUCUAAGAAGUCCUCUGAGAAAGAAAGUGAAACAAAACCUCAAAAGACAAAAUAUGUGAAGCCCCGUAUGAAUCUCCCACGGUUUGCUGGAAAAAGGACGAUGCCAUCUGGGGAAGAUGCUGAAGAAACAAAAGCAAACAGCUCUCCACCUGCAAAAAGGAAAUUAUGUGAAGAAGCAGGCAGGAGUUCUACAACUGAAGUGAUAUGUAACUCAUCGUUGCAGAGUUGGCAGUCAGAGUCUUAUACAGAGGAGGCUUGCUGUGCAGUGGAACAGGACACCGAACAGAUGCAGCCAACAAGAGUUGCUGAAUAUUUUUUCAGUGACAUCUUCACAGAAGUAGAUGAGGAUGAGCAAGAAUGAAGAAGAAAGAUAACCUUGAAGCUGCAUAUUGAAUUGGUGCCGGUACAUCACAUAAUGUAAUACAUUUGCGGCUUAAUUACAGAAUUUGGGGAAAAAUGAUAUUGGAUAUAAAUAGGCCUUGUUUGCUUUUACUGUUUUUUUUGCACUGAGAUUUUCUAUAAAAUACUUUAGUGAUAUGAAUGUGAACACAAAAGGCUGGUCAACCUCUGCUGCUUUACCAUUCUCAAUAUAUUAUAACUUCAUUAACUGUACCAUAAGUUCAUGUUUACAAUAUUGAUGAAUCUCCAAUACAGUUCCCCUUGAAUCUCAAUGAAUCUUUUGUUAUAAGGGAUGGAUUUGCCCAAUUGGAGCACAUACUACAAAGUGGGCAACCUGAUUUUCAUUUUGAUUUUUUUUCUUACAGAAAGGGGAAAGCAGACAUGUGCUUACUCAUGUUUCUCUUUAUUUCAUUCUGUUUAAUUUAUUAAUUUAUUUCAUUAUUUCAUACCCACAGUUUGGUAUUGCCUUUCAAUGAAUGGAAUACCUCUAUAAACUACAGCCUCAAAUUAUUGCACUUUAACAUCUAAGUAAUUAAUCAGGAUCACUUUAAACUUGGAAUUUAGAAUCCAAAAUACUAAUGGAUUAUGAUGUAUUUUUACAAUUGCAUUCAGCAGACUACUUUUUUUCCUAAAGAAAUAUGAUUUGAAUGGGAUAAAUACAUCAUAUUGUAGCAAUAAUGGAAACCAAACAAGAAAACCCAUACGACACAGAAAAAAAUACAAACAUAUAGGUAGUCCAAUUGAAAAGAAUAAACUGUAUUAAUGAAAUAAUUCAUUGGCAUCUAAGCUGUGAAUUUUCAGGUCUUGGAUGCAAAUUUUAUUGGUCAGGGAGAAAAUGGAGUUAGGGACUGGGUAUGUAUGUGCACAAAUUAUUGCAAAAGCAGCUGAGUAUUAAAUCUGAUUCUAAAGGUUUGCUUUAAACAAAUUACUUUGGACCUUAUUCAGAAAAUUGUUCUGUGAUAAAUUUGCAAAUUUUUGUACUUCACUCUAUUUAAACAUUGGUGUAAUAAUGUGAAUUGUACAUUGAUAAGCAUCUCUGUUGGUCAGGAUCUUUCCCUUCAUCACCUCUUUUGUUCUAUUACCUCUUUAGUUCUUUGAAGAAUGUGCCUUGUCCAGCAAGCAUAUUCAUAUUUCAGAUUCAAGGGCGUAAAAUUUUCUGCUUGAAGUUGCCAUUCCUUUUAAAGUUUCAGUAUGAUUGCUGAACAUUUGAAAGAAAGAAAUGCUAGCAAGUUUAGAUGUGAAACAGGCAUCUUCACUGACGGACAAAUUUUAACAUUUUUAAUGAUUGAUUUAAGUGCAAAAUUGCAGUGGACUGAGAUUGAUUUGCAUGUCAUACAUGUCAACAAUGAGAUACACAAGUUUUCUUUUUGUGAAAUUACCUGCACUUGUGUUUGUGUCUUUUCAAUACAAUUAUAUACAAAAUAUACAGAAGGUUACUUUUAGGUUUUCAUUUAUGUGCUAAAUGAGAAGUUCUUUUGGUUAAUUUUUUUCAAACUCCUUUUGAAAAAUAUAUUUUGUUAAAAAUGUUCCAUUAGUUAACAUUAUGGACAUAUGAUAUGCUGUUAAAUUUACUGACUAUUUUAAUGUGGGUUCACAAUCACAUUUCCAGAUAAUUUAUCUCACUUAUUGUAUAUGAAUUAUCACUUGAGAUGUGGCUGUAAUGUCAGAUAUUACUAUAGAUAUGACUGUAAUAUUUUUAUUGACUUAAAAAUGAGGGGAAAAUGAGGGACACAAAUUCUUUUUAACUAUUCAAAAUGUGAGCCUUGUUACAAGUGAUUAGUGACCCAGCUGUAAUCCAUGCUGUGGAAUGUUAAUGCUUGGGGCAGUAUAUCUUUAAAAUACUAUUUCACUUUUGAUAUAUCUAAAGGCUCAAAGGUGGGAAGAAACGCACCCUAAAAUCAUUAUCUCAUGUUGUGGCACAAGGUUCCAAUUUUGGUUGGAGGUAAAUCUCAUGGUUAUGUGCAACAAAUUUUGUAGCCAGGCUGGUGAAGAAACGGCCUUUUAACGUUGACUAUUUUGAUUUGCACCUUGGUCAUCAAUCUCUGGAACAACCUGAGCAUCAGCAGUUCCAUGAAAGAUCUGUGGCAAAUUCUGACUGUUAAUUGGAUGUAUAGGGGUAGAAAUCCCUCUAAGGCGGUAUCAGAUCGGUCACCCAUUGCAGUUAACGGUACCAAACAUUGUGUGCUCCGUACAACGGGCAGCCGACCCGAUACUGCCCCAUUUGUGCCACCUAGUGUUGGGAGCAGUGUCAAAGUGUUGAGAAAAAACUCGAAGUAAAUAACAAGUUAAUUAUGUAAAACUUCACAAGUAAUGCUAAUAUAUGUGGCAACGCACAAAAAUGGUUUGAAUUUAGCUUGUCCCUGACUAAGCAACUGGGUCAGUGACACCAUUCAGCACUCUGCAUAUAUGUAAAUUAUUGUUACAGUAUUGUGUUCACUUGGUUGCAAAUAUGUAUGUAGUUAUUUACUGAAUGACUAAUUCCAGAGUCUUUACUGCAUCUUCCUUGUUUGGAAGGAACAUUACAGUAUUAUUGCAUAGAUGAAUUCAUCUAUGGACUGAUUGUAAAUUGUGUAAAUAAAAAUUC